UACAACGUUCUACGCCACGUCCGACGAAGUAUCUCGUUAGUCUGUUAUCUCAUCGCAUCAAAAUGGCUUCGACCUUUGUGCUAUUACUGAUUACUCUGGUCGUCAUUGGCGUUCUGAAAAUUGUCUCUGUGCUGCAUCACGCGUAUUUUUACUGGAAGAAUAAGGGCGUACCUUAUUUGCCAAAUUCGCUAUCGUCUUUUGUAACAGUUUGGAAAGUGUUUUUGGGCUACAUCACAUUCGCCGACUAUUGCGAAUAUGUAUACCGUUACUUCCCAAACGCUAAAUAUUUUGGAGGGGUGGAUUUUUUUACGCCUGCCAUAAUUUUGCGCGACCCCGAGCUGAUUAAAGACAUCAUGGUGAAAGAUUUUGAACAUUUCCCGGAUCAUCGCACCUUCGUUGACGAAAAAGUGGAACCGCUGUUUGGCAAGAACAUCUUCUCCUUACGCGGAAAUCGUUGGAAAGAAAUGAGGAAUACGCUGAGCCCCUCUUUCACCGCCAGCAAAAUGAAGUUCAUGUUCGAUUUGAUAUCAAAAUGUUCUCACGACUUCGUCAAUUAUUUGGUCAACCAUCCGGAGCUCUGUCACACGAUCGAAACGAAGGCGGUCUUUAGAAGAUACACCAAUGACGUAAUUGCUACGGCAGCCUUUGGCAUAAGUGUGAAUUCUAUGAAAGAUCAAGACAAUGAAUUCUAUAUAAGAGGAAUUGAGGCUACCAAAUUUUCUUCCGGGCUACUAGUAACUAUUAAGAUCAUAUUUUUACGUGCGUGUCCAUGGCUCGCUAAAUUAAUAGGUCUAACUUUUUUCCCGGCGGCUACGUCCAAAUUUUUCAGGAAGAUUGUAGGGGAAACCAUUAACGCGCGCGAAACACAAGAUAUCGUCAGACCGGAUAUGAUUCAUUUGCUAAUGCAGGCUCGGAACAAGGACAGUGCCAGUGCGUCCAAAAUGACAUUGGAUGAUAUCGUUUCGCAAGCUUUCAUCUUUUUCUUUGCUGGUUUCGAUACCUCCUCGACUCUGAUGUGCUUUGCUGCUCACGAACUGGCGGUUAAUCAAGAUAUUCAGGAUCGCCUGCGCGAGGAGAUACAGCAGCAUCUUGCCGAAGGAAACGGUGAGAUUUCUUACGAGUCGCUAUCGAAGAUGUCUUACAUGGACAUGGUGAUUUCCGAGACUCUCAGAAAGUAUCCACCGGUGAUCUUCAUCGAUAGACUUUGCACUAAGGAAUACGAACUACCUCCGUCGCAACCAGGCUGCAAAAAUGUGAUCGUCAAACCUGAUAACGUAUUGAUGUUUCCCGUUUAUGCUUUACAUCGCGAUCCAGCAUAUUUUCCAAACCCGGAUAAGUUCGAUCCCGAAAGGUUCAGCGAGGAGAACAAGGACAACAUUGUACCGUACACUUAUAUGCCAUUCGGUCACGGGCCUAGAAAGUGUAUCGGCAAUCGAUUUGCUCUUAUGGAGACUAAGAUUCUGAUAGCUCAUCUUUUGCAAAAGUUUACUUUCAAGACAGUAGAAAAAACCGUCGAACCAGUUGUAUAUACUAAAAAAGAGUUUACACUGCAACCUGUUGGCGGAUUCUGGAUUGGCUUGGAGAAGAGAGAACCGUGAAAAUCUUGUGCGAAAUACAUAUUUUACGAUAUAGUUGUAUUCGUAAAAAUAUUAUCGCAUUUUUAACUUUCAAACUUUUCAACGUUUUUAAAGAUGAUUAAAGUGUACAAUAAGAGUUAUUUAUGAUGUAUUAUUAUCCAAUGCACAAAUCAAAUGAUUAAUGAUGCUAAAAAGAAAUGAAAAAAAUUGAUAAGCAUGUGCACUUGUUUAGACGAGUAUACUCGACGUGAUCAAGAUCAUCGUUUUUUAUGACUUAUAUAACUUCCACUUGUUUUUAUGACUUAUGUAACUUUUACUUGUAAUACAGCAUGAAUAGAGACGGUACCGUUAAUUCUUUACAAUAA